AUGCAUGGAGAGCUUGGAAACAAGCUGGUGCAACAUGCCAAACGAGCGCAGAACCUCGCACAUCUGCCUCCGUAUCAGACCGAACUUGUCCGUGCGGUGACUCGAGAGGUCCGCGAUCUCGAUAGAGAUGUCAACCGUAUCCUCGAGCCCUUCCAAGGCACGUUUGACCCAAAUGAGGAUCAAGCAACAGCAUGCGCUUUGCUGGUCGAUCACCUAGCCAUGAAACGCAACAAGAGAUGCCUCCUAGCAUACCACAGGGUCCGAGCGGAGAAGCUGGAGGCUAUGUGCUGGGAAGGAAAGGAUGUCAUCGAGCAGCAACACCACCAACAGCAACAGCGUGAGGCUGCACAAGGACAAUCGAACGGGGAAGCAAAUCAGAGCAGCCUUAGCCCGGAGGAAGAGGAAUACUUUCGGCAAUACAACGAUCUGUUGUCAAGCUACAAAGGCCAGUGGACCGACAUCGAUCUGACUGGUAGCCUCGAGCCUCCCAAGGAUCUUUUCAUCGACGUCAGAGUGCUGAAGGAUGCCGGAGAGAUCCAGACAGAAUACGGUGCCAUCAACUUGACCAAGAACAGCCAAUUCUACGUUCGGCACGGAGAUGUAGAGAGGCUCAUUGCACAAGGCUUUCUCCAGCGACUGAGCUGA